AAGAGUCAGCUAUGUUCUCCUCGUCCAAGCCCUCCCUACUCUCACCCUGGACCUCCAUGGAGCAAGCUGACUCGGACGCUUUGGAUAUCAGCACUAAAGUGCAACUGCAUGGGGUUCUGUGGAAGAGACCUUUCGGCAGGCCCUCGGCCAAGUGGUCCCGCAGAUUCUUCAUCAUCAAGGAGAGUUUUCUGUUGUACUAUGCUGAAAAUGAGAAAAAAAGCUUUGAGACCAAUAAAUAUUUCAACAUUCACCCUAAGGGGGUGAUUCCAUUAGGUGGAUGCAUUGUUGAGCCAAGAGAAGACCAAAGCAUGCCGUUUGCCGUGGUCAUCAACCACGAGGACUUCACUGGGAACAUUGUCCUGGCUGCGGAGUCGGAGUCAGAGCAGAGCCAGUGGGUGGAGAUGCUACAAGAGUCCGGGAAAGUCACUUGGAAGAAUGCUCAGCUGGGUGAGGCUAUGAUCGAGAGUCUUGAAGCUCAGGGGUUACAGCUGGCUAAGGAAAAGCAGGAAUACCUGGAUAAGCUCAUGGAGGAGACUGAGGAACUGUGCUUGCAAAGAGAAGAGAAGGCGGAGCUGGAGAGACUGAAUCAAUUGCUGGAAGAAGAAAAGCAGAAGUUUGAAGAAGUGGUUCAAGAGCUAAAAGUAGAACAAGAGCAAAUUAAAAUAGAUAUGGAUGGCACUUCUCAGUGUCUGGAAGGAGUGGAAAAUGAGAAAGAGGAGCUUCAUCAUCUUACCACACUUCUGCAGAAGUCUUUAGAGGACUUAUCCCAAGAGAAAAAGCGCACCCUCGAGCUGCUCCGAGAAAGAGGACAGGAUGUGGCUGGAACAGGAAGUGACCGUCGGGCCUCUUUAGACUCCCAUAAUCCCGAGGUGCAGCUUCAGGGAAACCUGUGGCAAAUCGAGGAGCAGAUGAGGAGUCUGCUGAAAGAGAAAGAACAGGCAGAAGACAGGCUGAAAGAGAAUGAGAAGCGAGCCAAAGUUCUGCAGGGGGAGAGGGAGUUUUAUUCUUCUCAAGCUCAAGCUCUCCAGCAGUCUCUCACACAGCUCACAGCAGACAAACAGCACACCGAGGAAGAGCUGAAGGCGGAGAUGGAGUCUCGUGUGGAACUGGAGCAUCGGCUGAAAUUGGCUGAGGAAGCCCUGCAAGAUCUCGAACAAGGUCUAAAUGCAAUAGAACGUACCCACGAGAGGGAGGAAAGAAUGAAAGGAGAUGUCAGCCAUCUCCGCAAGUUCUUUGAGGAAUGUAUCUGUGCUGCGGAGAUCGAGGCCAAGUUACCAUCCAUCAUGAAGAACGCAGUCUAUCUGCAUAAAGCUGCUGCUCGGCGCAUCAAAAGCUGCCGCAUCCAGAGACGGGCCUCCAGACAGCACUGGCUGAAGCACUCUCAGUCAUUCGCCUCCUCUCGCGGUGGUGCCUCCUCCACCAGUCUGGGAGAGUUGAGAGAAACCGCCCGGCGUCUCACUUCAGACAGCUGUUUGAGACGAAGAGCCUACAAGAUCAUCACCCGCCAGGACACCGUUCAGUCUGAGGACUAACACGAUUCGGACA